AUGGCCGCCGGCCAGAAAGGCAUCUCCUUCGACCAGAUCAUCCAAGCCGAUCGCCAAAAGCGGAAGAACGAAGAGCUCGCGAACAAAAUCCUUGGCAAGAACCGACGAGCCAGCGCUCCUGGCGUCGGAGCUGGAAACAAGGCGCAGAAUGCAACACCCGGCAGCCUCGCCAGUCGGAUUGGCGUAACAAAGCGCUCCGCAUCCGCCUCGAUCAAACCGAAGAAGAACACGCGGGCUCCGUCGGCGCCGACACGACCAGCACAGUCGACUGCGAAACCCCCAAACAAGCGUCGCCCCGAUGAGAACCGCUUACUUUCCGCGCUGCAUCCCGCCAGCGGACAGGCUACCAUCCGAGACGGUCCGGUCGGCAUUUCCAUCAAGGGCGCGAGCUCGGGGCCGUUUGUGGUUAUCGGAAGCAAUUUCGCACCCGGUACGACGGCUGCAGAUAUUCAGUCGGCCAUUGAACCCAUCGCGGGGCCGGUUUUGAGCUGUUGGAUCACUGCACAGCACCCGACUGUUACGGCGCAGCUCUCCUUUGCGGAGAAGUGGUCGGCGGAAAAUGCAAUUGCCAACUUCCACAACCAGAGAGCUAACGCGACCAAGGCCGAUGGCAGAAUCCUCUCGAUGCAGUUCAAACAACCUGGCCCCUCAGGAAAGCCGGAUCUCUUCGACAGCCCCGUACAGCCUCAAUCUUCGUUCAACAAUCUCCGAGAACAGGCAGAUCGCGAACGCCGUCUACAACGCGGGGAGCCGAUCGUCCAGGAUGGAAGCUACGGGUUCGGUGGAAACAACUCCACAGUUGGACGCAACAACAGGCGCAACCGAAACCGCAACGCUGGCGCGAACUUGAAUCAGCAGCCAGGCGAACAGGGAUUGUAUAGCGAUGAAAUGAUGACCGAUGCUCCGCCGCAGGGCCCCAAGAACCGGAGAUGGCGGCGAAAAACUCCGCGGCAGAGACUCCCCCUCCAGCCGCACCGAUGGUCGUCGACAUUCGACACUAGACAGUGGUCCACCCCGUUGGCCAAAACCCUCGCCAAUGCGAUCAAGGUCACCGGCCCAAUUCCUAUCGCCGCGUUCAUGCGCCAGGUCCUCACCUCUCCGGAUGGCGGCUACUACACGACACGACCCAAAGGCGACGGCGAGGUCUUCGGCAAGAAAGGUGACUUCGUGACGUCGCCGGAGAUUUCGCAGGUAUUUGGCGAGCUGGUUGGUAUCUGGACAAUUGCAGAAUGGAUGGCGCAGGGACGCAAGCGCAGCGGCGUACAGUUGAUGGAGGUGGGACCGGGGAAGGGAACGCUCAUGGAUGAUAUGUUGCGAACGUUCCGGAAUUUUAAGACCUUCACAUCCAGUAUUGAGGGUAUCUAUUUGGUCGAGGCCAGCCCGACGUUGCGAGAAGUGCAGAAGCAGCUUCUCUGCGGUGAGGCCGCCAUGGAGGAGACGGAUAUCGGACAUCGCAGCGUUUGCAAAUACUUUGACGUGCCGGUAGUCUGGGUAGAGGAUAUCCGUCUGUUACCACACGAGCAGGACAAAACCCCCUUCAUCUUCGCCCACGAAUUCUUCGACGCCCUUCCCAUCCACGCCUUCGAGUCCGUCCCCCCAUCCCCCGAAAACCACCCCCCUGACGAGAUCAUGACCCCCACCGGCCCAACCAAGCUCCACACCCCGCCCAAACCCACCAACACGCCGCAAUGGCGCGAGCUAAUGGUGACGCUGAACCCGAAAGCCGUGGACGAGAACCAACCCGACGAGCCGGAAUUCACGCUCACGCGGGCCAAGGCGUCGACGCCCUCGUCGCUCGUCAUCCCGGAGAUCUCGGCGCGGUACCGCGCGCUGAAAUCGCAGCCCGGCGCCACCAUCGAGGUCAGCCCGGAGAGCCGCAUCUACGCGUCGGACUUUGCGCGGCGCAUCGGCGGCGCCUCGCAGCCGCCGCGCACGGCGACCCGACGGGACCAGCUGUCUUCGGCCGAUGCGACGACGGGGCCGGCGGCCGCCGCGAAGAGCGUCCCCUCCGGCGCGGCGCUGAUCAUGGACUACGGCACGAUGUCGACCAUCCCGAUCAACUCGUUGCGCGGGAUCCAGAACCACCGCAACGUGCCGCCGCUGUCGGCGCCGGGCCAGGUGGACGUCAGCGCGGACGUGGACUUUGUGGCGCUGGCGGAGGCGGCCAUCGAGGCGAGCGAGGGCGUCGAGGUCCAUGGGCCGGUCGAGCAGGGCGAUUUCCUGCAGGCAAUGGGCAUUACGGAGCGCAUGCAGCAGCUGCUCCGCGGGGUGCAGGAUGAGGAGAAGCGCAAGACGCUGGAGAGCGGGUGGCAGCGACUAGUCGAGAAGGGCGGCGGCGGCAUGGGCAAGAUCUACAAGGUCAUGGCGAUUAUCCCGGAGAACAAUGGCCAGCGUCGGCCGGUAGGGUUUGGCGGGGGCAUCGCCCUGUGA